GAUACCUUUUGGUCAAGUGGUCAAUCUGACAAAAUGUAAAUGGCAAAUUUGUCUCUUGUUGGUUGUUGCCUUGGCGUUUUAAUAAGAGACAUAAUUUCAUGUACAUGGCCCAUACUACCUGCCUCCCAUUAUUUGCUACUAGUAUAUUUUUCUCUUGUUAAUUAUUCGGAUGUAAAUUUACAUCGCUCUUCUCCCUCAGUAAAGUGUUCCUAUGUUUGGAGGUUAGGAAAACAGGUAGUUAGUUAACUACCUACCUUCUAUAGCAAAAAUGUCGGAUACCCUAUCUUCAAUAGGAGGAACAGAUUCCCCUAGGCCCAACAACAACAUCCCUCAAGACUUUAGACGUGGGUUCCGCUUCUGGAUUGUCAUCAUAGGACUCGGCAUUACGUCCCUUCUAGCUGCGUUAGAGCAUACUGUGGUUACAACUUCAGCACCCGUGUUUCUGACAGAGCUUGAAUUACGAGAGAAUUUCGUUUGGACAACGAACGCCUUUUUUAUUUGCAGCGGUAUAUGUGGUGGGGCAGAUACUGGUGCUAUGUUGAUUGCAGGCCGCGCGGUGCAAGGUGUAGGGUCUGGAGGUAUCAUUAUGAUGAACAAUAUCAUAAUAUCUGACCUAGUCCCAUUACGUGAAAGAGGUAAAUAUACAGCUGUUGUUCUGGCUAUAUUUGGGAUUGGCACAUCUUUAGGCCCUUUCAUCGGCGGCGCCAUCGUUGUCUCGACGACCUGGCGCUGGGUCUUCUGGAUCAACCUCCCAAUUGGCGGGACAUCACUUAUAGUAAUGUUUCUGUUUCUACAUGUGAACUAUGGCGAAUCCAUAUCGUUUUCCCGGAAAAUGAGGCGCAUCGACUUUAUAGGCAACGGUAUACUCAUGGCUAGCACUGUAGCAAUUCUCUAUGCACUGACGUAUGCGGGAACCGUCUUUGCAUGGUCGUCGUGGCAUACUCUAGUACCAUUUAUUUUAGGAUUCUUUGGCCUCUUCCUAUUCGCAGGUUUUGAGAUGAGCGGCUUCUCAGCAGAGCCAGUCAUGCCGGUGCGACUAUUUGCGCAUCGCACGUCUAUCAUUGUCAUCAUUAAUACCUUUCUAAACUCCACGGUGUACUACUGGUUCUUAUAUUUCCUCCCCGUCUAUUUCCAGGCUGUCGCUUUAUAUUCGCCGUACCGCACGGGCUAUUCCCUAUUACCCCAAUCUCUUUUCGGGAUCCCGGGCGCUGCGAUUGCGGCAAUUGCCCUUAGUCGUUGGGGCAAAUUUACGCCGCUACAUUUUGCUGGGUUCGCAAUUACUACUCUUGGUAUAGGCUUGUUAUCGACAAUGGGAGAGAAUACCUCCGUAGCGGUAUGGGCUGUCUUUCAGUGUAUCAGUGCUCUUGGCAUUGGCAUUGUCAUUGAUACCCUUUUGCCUGCCUUUCAAGCACCCGUGGCCGAGGUAUACCAAGCGGCUGCUACCGCUGCGUGGAGUUUUGUCCGCGCAUUCGGAAGCAUUUGGGGCGUUGCCAUACCAGCCGCCAUCUUCAACAACCGCAUCGAUGAGUUAUUGAACAUGGUAUCUGAUCCUGAGGCACGCCGGCUACUCUCCGGCGGUGGUGCGUAUCAGCAAGCGGCGGCCAAUUUUGUCACACGGUUUCCCCCAUCUGUUCAAACGGAGAUUCGUGCCGUGUAUCGAGAAGGCUUGAAACGAGUGUUUCUGAUCGGAGUAGCUUUUGCUGGCCUUGCAACGUUGCUAGUCUUAUUAGAGCGAGAAGUACCCCUGAGAAAGGAGCUGGAUACACAGUAUGGACUCAAAGAAACUAUGGGAAACCCCCCAAAUGGCGAUAUAGAAGAUAUGAAGACCUUGGAAAGUAGUUCAGCAGAGAAAAGGGCUAGUACUGGAGGUUUCAGAGAAGUAGUCUAG